AUGGCCACACUAUGCAGUUAUCAUGGCAUGAUAGUUUCAAAAUACUUUAAGACAAUCAGAGACUUUAUUAGAUUAGAGUUUGUAUGUAAAAAGUAUUAUUGCAAUAUGGAGAAGUUUCAUUACAAUCCAAUUCCAUUAAAUAGCAAAACUCUAUUCAAUUUUUCACAUAUUGAAACACUUCAUUUAUUCGAUGUGGAAGAUGAGACCUUUGGAAAUGACAUUGUAGGAAUUGUCCAGAACAUAAAAAGAUGCAUUUUACUAGUCGAGAAGUCUUUUUAUGAGAUUACAGUGUGGUUUAAUGUUGAUUACACGACAGUAGUAUUAAACAAGAACAAGAACUUUCUAUUCAAAAAUGUGACAUACACCAAAAACGACAGAGAGAAAUUUGGCACAACCAUUUCACACUAUGUAAGAUCAAUUGGAGAUCACUGUUUUGAAAAUUGCAAAUAUAUGAGCAGUGUAGAGAUCCCAUCAUGUGUCACAUCAAUUGGUGAAUAUUGUUUUAGUGAAUGUAAAAACAUCAACACGGUGACGAUACCUUGUAAUGUAACUACAUUGAAUGACUACUGUUUUUAUAGAUGUAAGAAAUUGAGUACUAUUAAUCUACCAUUACACAUCUUAAGCAUUGGUAACUGUUGUUUUGAGAAAUGUAAACAUUUAAGUAGUGUAACAAUACCUUUACAUGUGACAUCUUUUGGUGUUAGUAGUUUUUGUGAAUGUUCUACUCUGAGCCAUUUAGAUAUACCAGCAAGUGUUUUAAGCAUUGGCAAUUUCUGUUUCUUUGCGUGUUGUAGUCUGAGUGAUGUUAAUAUACCAUCGAGUGUCACAUCAAUUGGUCACAACUGUUUUAAUUGUUGUAUUAAUCUUACUAGUGUAACAGUAUCGGCUCAAAUUAAAUCUUUAGAACAUGAUUGUUUCUUUAAAUGUAGUAAUCUGAAUACUAUUAUACUUCCAAAGUCUAUCACUUCUAUUGGGGAAAGGUGUUUUUGGAGAUGUAAAAAUUUAAGUACAAUACAAAUCCCAUCAAGCGUUCAAAUAAUUGGGGAUCAUUGUUUCCAUAAAUGUUAUAAUUUGAAAGAUAUAACUUUACAUCAUAAUGUGAAAACUGUUGGGAAUUGUUGUUAUUAUAAUUGUAUAAAUCUGAGCACUGUAGUAAUACAAUCCAAUGUCAAAUUUGGCAAUGACUGUUUUUUCGGAUGUACAAAUUUAAUUAAUGUAAAGACGAUAAAAAGAGGCACAUCUUUGGGUCAAAUUCCUUUUUCAUCAAAAACUAUUCACCAUGAUAAAAUGAACAAAAAAGAUCAUAAGAAAUGUUCAUUUGUAUGA